AGUGUGGAGAAAUAUUCCCAACUGCACCUUUUCAUGAACCCGAGCACUAUGAAAUCUUUACAUAGCAUUCUGAAUAUAUCCUCAUAAAUGUCAGAGUUGCUUAGAGUAGGUUAGUGCUGCUAUAAAAAAAUGAACCCAUUUAGAAAUAUGAAAAUGAAAUCCCAUUUAGAGAUAAUUGGGCAACAGUUUUACAUUUACAAGUAAACCUGAAAAAGAUGAAACUGAUGAGCAUUGUUUCAAGAAACUUAAGCCAAACCACUCAAACGAACCAGUUUAGAAACUAAAACCGCUGUAUUGCAUUAGUGAAAAUGUUCCCACGCAGUGUAUGAUCACACUAAAUACUCCACUUGGUUUUCAAUGAAAGCUCCAAAAACACGUGAAAAUGGCAGUGGACGGAGCGGUUUAAUUCCAAACUUACAGGUUCUCCAGAGCGUGUUUUAGCCCUCACCUAUAACGCCCCCUCCCUGACCUACAGAAGAACAAAGGUACAGUACCUCUCCCAAGGCGCCAGUCCGGUGAGGAUGUGUCCGCUGCAAAGGCAACUCUGAGCACAGUUUGCCCCGUCUGCGGGAUUUUUGGAGCUCUGAUCCCUGAAUCCUUCAAUGUGUGACGCCAUCGCCCACAUCGAGGCGGGACCUCGGGCGCACGUACUCCCCCUCAUUAGAGGACCAUAAAAAGUUUGCAGUGCAGAGCAGGCUGCGCAUGUUUGCUGUAUUUCAGACAAUAUGAAUAUUUCUUUAAAUCAAAAAUGCAGUUUGCAUGAACUGCAUAGUAAAUGUUACUCCGUUCAAAUGGUACUGUGGCCGAGAACCACCACUGCUGCAAAUAAAACAGAAUGCCAAAAAAAGAUGCCACUGCUGCAGAUAAAAAAGAAGUUACAAUGGAAGUUACUGAUGCAAAAAAAAAAAAAAAAAAAAAAAAGGAACCGAAGCCCGCUGCAAAUAAAAAAUUGAAACAGUGCAGAUAAAUAAUUUAUAAGUGGUAUUAGUGGUAAUGCCAAAAAAAAAAAAAUUACUGCGAAAAUAAAAGGAUGCAAAUAAAAAGGCCACAACAGAAGUGAGCUGUUGGGGACUAAUAAUGCUGAUGCACUGGUGUUUCACGAUCUAGGCACAGAAGAUGACGGCAAAAAUCAUGUAGCACCUGAGUCGAUGUGAAGUUGAACUAGAGGAUGCCGAUGUAGUGUUAACUCCAUAUUGACUCAGGCGCUACAUUGCCUGACCAAAUGACGCAUUGAAAAGCACGCAAAGUGAAAUUAAACAAUAACCUUCUCAUUUACUUCUUUGCUCAUCUUCCCGCCAAGUUUUCUGUGCCAAGAUUGUAAAACACCGGUGCAUCAUCAUUACUGGUUCCCGGCAGCUCACUUCCAUUGUGGCUCUUUUUAUUUGCAUCCUUUCAUUUUCGAAGUUAGUAACUUUUUCUUCCAUUGUCACUUUUUUUUGCAUUGUUAACUUCUGUUGUGUCUUUUUUAUCUGCACAGUUUCUCUUUUUAUUAGCAGCAGGCUUCAGUUUCUCUUUUUGCAUCUUUUUUAACUUGCUUUGUGACUUCUUUUUUUUUUUUGCAUUAUUUUUUUUAUUUGCAGCAGAGGCAGUUCUCGGCCACUGUAAAAUGGCCUUCUUUAUAUCCAUAAUUGCAUUUCCAGAUAUAGGCUGCACAAUAUCAUGUGCAAGUGACGUCAUCUUUUGCAAUUAAUGUGUAUAGAGGCCUCUAGACAUCCAUAACAUCAUUUUUCUCAUACAAAGUGAGCAUCUUGGUUUCUGCAAACAAAAUUGUCCUUGUUAUAAUUUCCAUUUCAGGUGUCUGAAAUGGAAGUUUACCAUAGAAAACCAUGAUGUAAUAAAAAAAAUCAUUCUGCCUACAGGAUCAGUGAUGCUGUAAAAAUCUGAAAUUGAGAUGGCAAGAAUGAUGCCCUUAUGGACAUUUGAGAGACAAGUUCUAUUGUCAAUAUCUUCACAGGUCUUGUAAAAAUACAGUUUUGACUAUAGGAGAAAUGUGGAUAUACAGUAACUUUAGAAGAGUGUUUGCUUAAAAUGUGAAAACACCUAGCAACUAACAGUUGACUUGCAGUCAUAACAUCAGCUCACGUUUCAAUCUGUGCUUCUCUGUUGUGCAAAUCUAAAGCUUGAUGCACAUCUUGCUAAGACACGUCUUUUUUCAAACGUGGCAUGAUUUAGCUGGGAAACUCCAGAAGUGAAAACACAUAAGUAACCAAACAACCUGCAUAAAUUGUGGGUUUGUCAAGAUGACUACCUGAGAAGGAGUGGGACUGUGACUUCUCUUUUCACCCUGUUGUGUAAUGUGUUUUUAUCCAUGUGGGUUGAGGUCAUGUUUUCUUGAGGUUCAAGGUGUAAUGGCUGUGCGUUGGUCAUGUGAGUGGAUAUCUGGUGGUUGCACAACUGAUCCAUAUUUUUUGUCUCUUCUCCUCUCCCAGCAAAUGGAGGGAAGUCACAGCAGCAUCUGCCGAUAAUUUCAGGUUUUCUUGAACUUUUAUGAAAUAGCAGGCUACUCCCUCUCCGCCACUGUCCAUUUCAAGCUGGACGAACAACUUAAGAGGCAUACAAUCAAAUCAUGGUGAAAAACAACUUCUUCUCCCAGUCAUGAUGAGGCUAAUGCAAAAUUGCGUAAUACUUUGCAGCAUGUUUUAAGGAGCAUCCUCUGUUGUACUUUUUUUUGUUGUUGAGUGGGUGUUUUUUGACUAUGCAAAAAGGAUUUUUUUUUCUUUCAAACAUUCCAACUGUGAAACUGUUUUCUAGUUUUGCAGCUCACUCAUUUUGGGUAGAAUGUCAAAAACGUUUUUUUUUGUUGCAUGAGCUACAAAGUUAAAAUAGGACCAUCUUGGCCCAGGGUGGGAUGCUUUUUGGUCACUGGAGAAUACUUUUAACUCAUUAGACUGCACCCUGCAUUCCUUCUGCAUGUGACAGCUAAGAUAAACAGCAGAAAUGCCAGAAGGUGCGUAAGUUUUACUACUGAAGGCAGCUAGCAAAGAACCGCAAAGCUGAUUGCUAGCUUAAAACAAAAGAGGAUUCACACACCCUGGAGCACAUUUAAGCUGUAAUUGGCAGCAAUUUCAUCUUUUAAACCUGCUUGGCACAUUCCUGCUGCUGUUGUACGUCAGAUAUAUCAUAAGUAACACAUCAGAGCCGGAAAAUUGAAAGUGAGAUGUACCCAAGAUCUUGCAAUAACAUUGAACUGAAGAUUACUCAUAGAUUUAUAGAGUGAAGAACAAAAUUUUAAAAUCAUGUAGAUUUGAAGAAGCUUCCUGCUGCUUAAAUCUUGCAUGAGGAAUGUGCAUGUGUAGUGUCUAAUUAAUCACACAGACAUAACAGGAAGAGAUGCAAACACUGGACAUUUAUUAAUAAGAACAAGAUGCAAGCAUGAGCAUGUGGGAGUUUUGGCAGCAGAGGCAGAAAGUGAGGCUCAUGUCUCCAGAGUGCAGCCCUACCUUACAUUUGGGGGAAAAUGUUUCAUCUGAGUUUGACUUCAUGGUUAAAUUUCCUCCCACAUGGUUCCUUUUUACUCUGCUGCCCCAUUGCAUUACCCACGCAUUCGUCCUUUUCUGUGACGUGGGUGUGAAUUAAUCCUGACAAAAAAAAAAAAGAGCAAAAUAUUGCAAAACACAAUUUUUACCCUAAACUGUCGAAUGUGUGUCUUUAUAUUUCAUGUGUAAAGCAAGCGUCCUUCAAAGUUUUCUGUUAGCUCUGCUCAAAGAUUCAACUCAUAUAACCUAUAUCUUUAUGACAUAUGUAAGAAUAACACGUGGGGUGUUUGAGUUUUCCUUUAACAUGACAUUUGCAUCCCUUUUAAAAGGAAAUACAAACUUUAAAUCUCACUCAUUCACAGAAAGAUAUGCCUCUGUGUGGCUUUGAUUAUCUCUCCUGUAUCAUCAGUUCACCCUGAUAAAAUGCACUGAGCCUCAAACUCUCACACUGAUCAGAUUUGCGUGGUGUGAUCUGCUCGAAGCUGCCCAACCCUAAAACGCUGAACCCCCUCCGCUAAUGUACACACACCCCACACAGGAACCGUGUCCUGCCAGUACUCCAGAUGUGAGGGGGAGGAAGGAAAGAGAGAGAGAGUGAAUGAGAAAGAGUAAGAGACACUACAUCUGUGUGAGUGUCUGUGUACACAUGCCUUUUGUCCCUGCAAGGGGUUCACAGCAACUCCCUAAUUUCAGUGUGUGGGUGGACACAUGUUCUGUUAUCGUUGCUUUUUUCUUAAGACACAUAAAUAUUCUGAAUCUGAAUUUUCCCCCCUUGAGUGAUAUUCUACACCGGCACCAAAAGCAAUCCACUCUAACUACAGGAAACAGUUCUUAAAAUGCUGACCCAGUUUACUUUCUCAUUACUUCAAAACUCUAUUUCAGCUCCAUUUGUUGCGCUGAAUGGCAUUACAGUUUUAGCCAAAGUCUAGACAGUACGACUUCUUUGUUGAACUCGGUCAAGACCCCAUUGAGCAACCCAUGCUCCGCUGUUCGGUUUGGUGCUGAAAUGUGUUUUUUGGAUUGUUUUCUGCACAGUUUUGUAACAGAGCGUUGAAGGCAGAGAGUUUUGCUGCUGUCUGUAGGGGAUAUUAAUAGCCAUCCAAAGGCUAUAGUUUGAGGGAAGCCUUCAGAGGCCAGGGCUCGCCAGAGUUCUUGAUUUACCAACCAAACGUGCAAUUAUGUGUGUGCCGCACAAAUACCAAUUUGGGUGUGUAAAACAACUAGUGAAGAUUUAAAGGGAGUUUAGUUUUAGCAGAGAGUGACAUACGCUGUUGGAGUUUGGGGGUUUUAAUUCACUUAAACACCUGGGAGAGUGGGAGGGGGGUGAACAACCAGAAAUGCUUCACUAAAAUUCAUUUACAUGCGCAUGUGAGUGUGUGUGUGUGUGUGUGUAUGUGUGGGGCAGUGCUGCACUAAUGACACACUCAUGCUCCAGCAUCACUGUCAUACACCCUGUGUUUUUCUUCUCUGCUGUGUGCAAAACAGUGUGAGCUCAACAUUUCUAAAUCCACAAGUCCUUUUUAUGAAAUGUGUGGCACAAUGACUGUCAUGUUGAAACUCCCAGACUACAGCGGGGCUGUGCAGUCACAAAAGAGUGAGAAUCAGCUGCAUCCCCAAACCUCAAAGGUUUGUUGAUCUUGUUGCGGUGCUGACUGGAAAUCAAACCCUUGUCUCACGGCUGCAGAGAGGUCAGGAAUUUUGUUUUUCAAGGCAAACCCCGGUGCCAACUGUGUGCUCGCCCUGAUGGCUCACUGACAGUUUUUUCCAUGAAGUAAACCACACACAGGGGAAAAAAAGGCUGAACCUCAAUAACCAAAACCACUUCCUUGCAUUCGUUCCUACGUUGGACCGCAGUGCCUGGUCCCCCUCAGCCGGCCUGAAGGAUAUGAAUAAUAAGCCUGGGCUCUGUCUGACAGCAAACAAGCCUGGCAGCGCAUACCCAUGCAGAUCAGUGACACAGUCCUCUCUCUGUCUGAGGGUAUUUUAAGGUACAGUGAAACGGGGUUAGAGGAAAUAGGGCAACAGAUGGUGAACUCUGCGAGAUUUGGUCCACUACUGAGGGUUAAAAAGGCUGUGCUGAUAUUCAUUAGCAAAACUCAAUGGCAGUUCUCAGAGAGUGCACAGAGAGAAGUAUUUAUGUUGUUUCUAAAUCCAGCUGAUCACAUCCUGGAUGCUGUUUUGCACAUGUGCAACUAAACAAGCAUCUGUGUGUCACAUGUGAGUUUAUCAAAGACAUCUCUGCUCAAUUAUCACAAUGACUCUUUGCAUUUGUGGCACAUUUUAACAGUUUUCUCUAAUAAAUGUCCUCUAGCUUGUUUUUUCCCCCCUGUGAAAACUUAAUGAAAAUACUGUCUUGUGAAAAGUACAAACGAGAAGCGACCAAACAGAAGAUCCUGACAUUUUAGCAUGUAAGCAACCUAAGAUGUUUUUAUUCCUACAGAGUUAAAGUCUCUUUUCGAGGAACAUGCCAGGUUAUAGCACUUGCUAGCAAUCAAAGAAGACAAAGCGAUGAUGUGAAGGGUGCAGACGUUGUGUACACCACACUUAAUGAGGGGGGGAGAACCUGCCUGUGCUGGAUGGGAAUGCGUUCUAUCUUAAACCUUAAGUGUAUAAUCACAGGGUUUGCGUAAGUGCACCCUCACAUUUGGAUGUUUUCCUGUCUGCUGCUGAUAAACACCUAUGCUCACACAUGAGUAAUGCAGCUUUCUGUGCACCUCUCUGCUGAUACAUUGAGUCACCAAUGAUGAGCAGUUUUGCAACUUCCAAACUGUGAAUUGCUUUUUCCUUUUCAACUCAAAACCAGGAGGCAUUUACAGUACAUAUUACAAAAUAGGAUUGUAAAAUAUGAAGUGAAACAGUGAAGGAAAGUUCUGCUUUCUUUUGUUAUUUUAUUAAACUAGUGCACUAAAGAUAACACAGGAAGCUGAAGAUGCUGACACAGUAUCACAGCGGUGAUAUUAGACCAUAAAAGCUGACAACAUCAACACUUUCAUAUCAACUAUUUGAACGCGGCUACAUGCUGACAUUUGGCUGACAGCAGUUUUGUUGAUAAGACAGAGCUCUUUUUUUUUUUUUUAUCAGAGUGAGCGAAUACUCAAAGAGAAAAAAGUGUUAAAAAAGGGUGUUUGCAGUUGCACUCUGGUAACCAUCUUUUACCACAUAAGUUACCAACAUACCAGUUCUUACUCAACAUCCUGAGAAAGGAGUGCCUUUUUGUUAGUUCUCAGCCCUUAUUUCACACCAAGUUUAUGAGUUAAGAAUGAACCAGCUGUUUAAAACAUGGUCAUGAUGACUUAAUUUUGUAGAAAUUGGGGAUAUUGAGGCUAAACUGUCUUUUGAAAACCAAACAAACAUUAAAACAUACAAAAAAAAGAAAAAGAAAAAGAACUUUGAGAAUGUGCUGACUGAAAGCAGUUUAGACAGGGGAUUUCCAAAAAAACAGCUUUUACAAUUAAAUUGUCUUCCUCGUUCUUGUCCUGGUUGUUUUCCCAGAGUUAGGCUAAGAUGUUUUUUUCUUUUUCUGUCUUUAACUGCAUGCUGUACAUUGAACCAUGUGUUCUGGGGAAAUGUAACACAUGUUUGGUGAUUAAUGUGUACCUCUGACGAUGAAAGACCUUGAAAAGAAUGGAGAUAAGGGGACUAAAAUACCUGAAACUUAGAGGGUAAGGGCACAUUAAUCUGCCAGCCAGCCAGACACACUGCGGACAUGGAGCUGCUCCUUUUUCUGGCUCUCUUUGGAGGGGCAGGUACAUUACUGAGCUCAGAAACACAGAAAAAGACUCAUUAUUAGCCUUAGCCUUUAAGUCUGAAAGCUGUAAACAUAAUUUUCCUGAUUAAUUGUUGCUUUUGUAACAUCUGCAGUUGCUCUGGAUGAAGAUGAAAAGAUAGUUGGAGGAUACGAGUGUCAAAAGCACUCUGUGCCCUACCAAGUGUCUCUUUACACGGGAUACAACUACUGUGGCGGGAUCCUUCUGUCUGAAGAGUGGGUGCUCUCUGCUGCACACUGCAAAUCGAAGUAAGAGAGAUGAUCACUAUCCUCUGUUUAUGUGAAAACCAGAACUGUGCCGGCUGCUGAACAGUGGUGCAUUCAUAUGGUGCUAAAUUUAAAACCAUACCCGCUUAUGUCGUCAAACUUUGAUUUUCUUGAUUGUAAAAGCAGAAAACAUGCAAUCUGAUCCUAAAGUAAAAUCCUCAUAGGUCAGAUGUGGAAGUUCGUCUAGGUGAGCACGACCUUUGGGAAGAUGAGGGGACUGAACAGCACAUCAUGUCUGCCGAGUACAUCAGACACCCCAACUACAACCCGCGCUCACAGGACAGUGAUAUCAUGCUGAUCAGGCUGAGCAGACCUGCCACUCUGAACAGCUACGUACGCCCAGCUAGACUUCCUUCAGAGUGUGCCAGAGAUGGAACAAAGUGCCAGGUCUCCGGAUGGGGCAACAUCCGUCCCAGCGAUGAAGGCUGUGAGUCCUUGCAUAAAGAAAAUGACUUUUUUUACGCUGUUAUAUACUCAUCAAGUUUUGCUGCCUUUUCCAGCAAGAUACCCUCAUCAGCUGCAGUGCCUGGAGGUACCUCUCCUGAGUGAUGACACAUGCUUUAACUCAUACCCUUUCCAAAUCACCGAGAACAUGAUCUGUGCCGGCUAUCUAGAGGGAGGGAAAGACUCUUGUCAGGUAAUGAUAACAAAAGCGGCUGCUGUGUGAAGAAAAAUUCUGCCAGUGAAGAUAACCUCUUUUCAUCCUCAGGGUGACUCCGGGGGUCCAUUGAUAUGUGACGGAGAGGUGCAGGGAGUCGUGUCUUGGGGGAAGGGCUGUGCUCAGAGGAACAAACCUGGAGUGUACACCAAAGUGUGCAACUACAUCACCUGGAUCAAGAACACCAUGGCGUCUGGCUGAGGAGGGAAGAAGUCAAACAGUUCAAACUUAAUGUGGCAACCUCAGUAAAGCCCUUCUGAUGGUGA